AUGCUGAGCCGGGAUCGCGCUUCUGCAGGGCGCGCAGGCAGGCGGGCACGCCCCCGGCCCGCGGCCACGCCCACCUGCCUGCCUUGUGCGGGCGCGCCGCCGCCGCCGCCGAUUGAUCCCCUGAUUGAACCACACCUCGCAAACUUUUUUUUUUUCUGGGGGCCGAGUUGCGUUGAGUGCGGCUGCUCCCGUCUCCCCUUGACCGAGGCACACGGCUCUGCCGACGGGGUUUUAAGCGACGCCAGUUCGGAACUCGCUGCCGGCCGGCUUUCGCUCGGGACGGCGCCGGGGUCGGACCGGGAGUCGGAGAGAGAGAGAGCGCAGAGAGACGCGGGCGGAGAAGAAGGCGGCAGCCCAGAACGUUUUUUCCCCUCUCUUCCUGUCCGGCUGAAUCCCGAGUUGGUUGGGUUCGGAGGAGAUUUGGAGGUGGUGGUGGCGGCGGUGGGGAGGACGACCGGACCGGAUCGCCAGGAAUGGAGUGAGCCCCCUCCUCGCAGGACCAGACGCAAGCAAGCGCGGGCUGCCCCCUCUCCUCUCCGUUCUAUUUUUUCCGGAGGGGUUUUACGGUCAGCCAGGAAGAGGGAAGAGGCGUGGAAAGGGAUCUUGUUGUUUUCUACAACCGGGACAAGAGUUCCAGCCAUGAGCGAGUUCUGGCACAAGAUCGGAUGCUGCGUGGUGGAGAAGCCUCAGCCGGUAAGAUUUUCCUAUCCUGGUUCUCUUAACCCAGCCUCCUUUAUCCUCGAGGAAGCCCCUCCACCCCAUCGCCACCCCGGGUCAAAGGUCGGCAGCCCUGACUUUCCUGGUUGUGGGCUGUUGGCAGCCUUUGCUCCUGCCUGGUCCUGAGUUAUUAGUGGCUACUGGCUGCACUGGGAACCAGCGAUCGGAGAGCCUCCGUCUGGUGAUGUCCGAUGUGGAACGAGAGAGCCGGCCCGCCGUGCUG